GUAUCCGACGGCGGAAGGAAGUGAAUUUGAGCAUGCGUAGGUUUCCGCACGUUGUGGGCAAUGUUUUCCGAAUGUGUUCUACACGUUGUAUAGUUAUUUAAAAAGAAUACCUAUUUCGUAAUUUUCCAAAGAUUUUAUACGAAAAACUGACCGAUUGUAUUACGUCCAUACAUAGGGUUAAAUAGAACGAGGGCAAGACUUUUAAAACUAUUUGAGAUCUCUUUUGCUCUAUAAGCAUGGCCAAUGUAGUGCAGAUUAUGGCUGGGAGCUAUGAACAGAUCAUAUUUGGUUACAAGGUUACCUGUGAAUCGGAAUCGGAAUGGAAAGCCACUGCAGACUUCACACAUCAUGCCCAUACACAGUCGAUAUCAGCUGUCGCAACUAGUGAAAGAUUUGUUGUCACAGGCAGCAAAGAUGAGACCAUACAGUUAUACGAUUUGAAGAAAGGAGUUGAGCAUGGAGCGUUGCUUCAUCACGAUGGAACCAUCACAUGUCUGGAGUUCUACGGCUCGUCUCACCUGCUGAGCGGAGCAGAGGACGGCCUCAUCUGCGUGUGGAGCACCAAGAAGUGGGAGUGCCUGAAAUCCAUCCCUGCUCACCGAGGCAAGGUGACAUCCCUAUCCGUCCACCCGUCUGGUAAACUGGCGCUGUCAGUCGGUACAGACAAGACCCUCAGGACGUGGAAUUUGAUUGAUGGAAGAGCGGCCUUUAUCAAAAACAUCAAGAUGAACGCACAAAUUGUCCGCUGGUCCCCAGACGGGGAUAAGUAUGUGGUGGUGAUCGAUGAAAAAGUGGACAUUUAUGACCUGGCGACCGCUUCUCUGACUGGAACCAUCACAAACCCCAAGAGGAUCUCAUCCAUUAAGUUCAUAACUAACUCCAUCCUGGCUAUUGCAGGAGACGAUGAGAAGGUGAGGCUGUGUGACGUGGGGACGGAGCAGUGGCUCUGUGAAUUCACCGCCCACGAAACAAGAGUAAAAGCUGUUGACUGCUUCAGCGCAGAGGAGUAUGUUGUCCUGGUCACGGCAUCGAAUGACGGAUUCAUCAAAAUGUGGAAACUCGUAAUUAGCGAGGAGCUGAAGCCGCCUACUCUGCUGGGUGAGGUGAACUCCACGGCCCGUCUCACCUGCAUGGCCGUGUGGACGCCUGAGUUGAUACUGGAAGCCAAGGAAGAUCCAGAACCUGUGGUAACAGCAGCCGAAGUGGCAGAGCUCGCCAAGGAGAUUACAAGGAGUAAGAGAGUUCGGAUUGCAACUGACGCGGUUAUUAUUGAAGACGAGAGUCAGCCCAAGAAGAAGGCGAAAAAAGGCACCGGAAGGAAACAGAAAAAACAAUAAAAUGUUAAAAUUUGAACGUGUUUUUCUUUUAUGUGUUUAAAUAAACUUGUGUUCACCACUAGGUGGCGCUGGAGUACUCUUA